AUGUGUGAUGUUUGUGACAACCCAUGUCAACCGCCAAUUAUUCCGUCUCCGUCCCCUCCUCCGCCUCCCACCACCGACACUAACUGCCCGCCACCACCCUCACAACCACAACCACAACCUCAGCCUCAGCCGACCACACCUUCGGUUCCUACUUUUUCUUAUUAUUCCCCUCCCCCUCCAUUCCCCGUGGGCGGUGGCGGUGGCGGUGGCAGUGGUGGUGGCGGUUAUGGCUACCCGACAACGUCGAUGCCGCCACCAAACCCCAUUUUACCCUACUACCCAUAUUAUUAUAACAAUCCACCACCUUCUGGUCAUAAAUCAUCCUCAUUUAAGUUGAACAUUAACCCAAUUUGUACCAUUCUCAUGUCACUUGAGUUUCUUGUUAUAUUUUAUAAUUCUAUAAGUUUCUAA